GCAAAGCCCUUUCCCCAGGCAAGAAUUUCCUCAUUCCUGUUUACAGAACAGUUUGGGAUUGCCAUAUAUAAAAGCCCCACCACUGCCACUUGCCUCUGGUUCAGAGAAAGACACCCAGAAGAGCAUCCAAGAAAGUUUUGCAAGAAAAGAUGACAGCCUUGACUGGUUUCCGCCUGGCUCUGACUCUCUUGGUGGUUGUGUCUGUGGAGGAGAGAGGAAGCUUUGGACAGGAGGCAGAAACCAGCUGUUGUGAAAAGCUGAAGGGCCUAUCACAUUGUGGAGCUGGCGGGAUCUUUUUCCAGGGUCAGCCAGGGAUACCAGGAAUACCAGGGGUGCCCGGAACAAGCGGAUCACUUGGGCCUAAGGGUGACCCAGGCCCUCAGGGUCCUCAAGGUGAGAAAGGUGUUUCUGGGACACCUGGAAAAGCUGGACCCAAGGGAGACAAAGGAGACAAAGGAGAAGACUGCAGCUUGGACACUUCUGCUGGUUGUCGGCCACAAGAGGCUGGAGCCAAAGAUUGCAAAGAACUUCUGCAACGUGGAGAGACCCUGAGUGGCUGGUACACCAUCUAUCCUGCCACAGGGAAAGCAAUGGUGGUCUUCUGUGACAUGGAGACGGACGGAGGAGGCUGGCUGGUCUUCCAGAGGCGACAGGAUGGGUCGGAGGAUUUCUACCGUAACUGGGAGUCCUACAGGAAAGGGUUUGGGAGCCACGCCUCAGAGUUCUGGUUGGGCAAUGAUAAAAUCCACCUUCUUACAAGCUCUGAAGUACAACAAUUGCGAAUUGACGUGAAGGACUUCAAUGACACUAGAACUUAUGCUACAUAUACCAGCUUCAAAGUCUUGAGUGAGAGGGAAAACUACACACUGGAAGUGGGCUCCUAUUUAGACGGCAACAUGGGUGAUUCUUUCUCAGGACACAGGGGCAUGGCCUUCUCCACCCGAGACAAGGACAACGAUAUCAAUGAAAGUGGCAGCUGCGCUGUGGCCUACAAGGGGGGCUGGUGGUACGGUGUUUGUCACACUUCCAACUUGAAUGGCCUGUACCUCAAAGGCAAACAUUCUUCUUAUGCUAACGGCAUUAACUGGAAUACUGGGCAGGGGCAUCAUUAUUCUUACAAAUAUGCAGACAUGAAAAUUAGGCCUCAAUAGGUGAAGUGUCCACCUGUUCGGGAACUUGCUUCAGCAUUCCAUGCCUGGCAGGGCAAUCUCUGAAUGCGGAAUCAUCUGCUUUUAAAAUAGAAUACACACAGAGGCCCUCCUUAGAGCACAGGGCACUGCAGUGGCCUGAACAAGAAGAGGCCAGUCUGAUGUGGCACCUGGUUGUCACUUGCAUGAAUGG